CGCAAUUUUUGAGAUAUUUUUACUACUGAUUACCGGCCCGAGGACGAACACUAUUGGAAAUGGUUUGUAUUGUUUUCGACUACUCCCCAUGCAGCACCCUAUUUUUAAAAGUCGUAUGAAAAAAAUUGAAGUUUCAAAAUUUUCUUGACAAAACUUGUUCUGUAAUAAUACGUGGACAUUCUAAACUGUGUGAACAUCUUGGUGCGUCUGCGACAAUUUUUUCAACCUUCUCUCAUAUAAUCAUUCUUACGAACACUGCAUCUUCAUGUAAUAUAAAGGUCAAAUUUUUAAUAUUUCAUUGUGAAAAUUGGUUCAUAAUAGUAAAUUGACAAAAAAAAAUCAACCUUUUCGAAUGUAGUUCACGAAAGUCUGCGGGAUUUCAUGAAAAGUGUGCAUUUGCAUGAAAAUAAUGCGUAAUUUUUGGUGUGUUAUUACGUAAACGAAUGAGUAACUGUAUUAAACAAAACUGUGUAAAGUUAUUAACAGUCGAACGUGCCCGACUAUAAUGUUCUUACUUUUUUUUCACAUAUCCAAUUGUAAAAAUUUGAAAUGCGGAUUUGAGAAACAAAUGUCGCAUCGGUGUAAUGAUGCGUCGGAUAAAGAUUUGAAACAUAUAGCUGUUUGCUGCGCUAUGAAGAAUUGUCUGAACACUAAAAAAAUGAAUAGCAUUGGACCGUUGUGCCAAUUAAAAGCAUUCGCGGACAAUAUUGUGUGCUCGAACAUUAUAAAAGGAGGCCGUUUUUGGAUCAUGCCGCCACUCAGGGUGAAAGCUGGGUGUAUUUUGAAAUCUUAUCGGUACACCCAUGCGCAUCAUCUAUGUGAAUCGCAAAACCGAAUCGGAUUGGCAGGAAAGUAGGAAAACUGUGCUCUGCAUUUGGUGGAAUAGAAAGAAAGCCACACGGGAUCAACGUUUUAUAUGACGUCCGCAUAUGCAUCUAGACACCAAAAGCAGUUCGCGACGCAUUGGAAAUACUGAACUGAAAUGCUAAAUCAUGCGCCUUACGCAUCAGACUCGAUCACUUCCGUUUACUACUUAUUUGCCACGUACUUGCCGAAUUGUGUUUCGGUUCACUCAAGGAUGGCCCGACGAAUCCGCAAAUUGCUUAAAAGAUUUGAAAAAUAUGUAACUAACAAUAGAGCAUACUUUUUAUCCUUUUUGCUCGAAAAGAAAAUUGCAUUUAUAAUCGUACAUCUGUCAUAUGUAGUGCAAAGGACAAUAGACAAUUUUAGUCUCCAUAUUGACGUGUGGUAUGACAGUUCAUAGACUAUUUAGCAAAAAGCCUUGCAGCGUUUGUUAACUUAGUCAAAAGUAUAUACCAUUUGAAAAUGAACCAAAAUUUGCAAAAUUUUUGAAUAAUUUGCUUCGUUUUGCCAUAUAAUAUUUUAAGAAAAUUCAUGACACUGUUUCAGUAAAAUGUGCACAAUAAACAUAUGCUUACUCAGUGUCGCGUUGGAAACGUUGACGUUAGGGAUCCUCAGCGGCCUGGUCGAUCGAUCUUCGAUAAACCCAACAAAAUUUCAUCUUAUGAGGUCAUUGCUCAACUUCAAAUCGUCUCGAAAACUAUUUGGAAUCAAUACGCACAUAAAUUUCAAUAUUUCGAUAUAAAAGGAAUGAACGGUGAAACUUUAAAAGCCCAAAUUUCUAUCUGUUUUUCAUUGCUGAAACGAAAGGCAACAGAAUCAAAUAUACAAUGAAAAGAAGGAUGGUUUAGUUUUUCACCCAGAAAUCUCAAAACUUUAUAGUGAUUGUAUAAUAUGUGGGUUUACCAGAAAACUGGCGAAAAGAAACCAAAACAGCACAGUUUUCGUUUAAUAAAAUGCAUUUAAGAUAAAAGAGGAAACUGUUUACUUAAUUCAAUACAACGCUGAAGCUAAAAAAUAAAACUCUUAGUGUGUACAUGCAGAACUUAGCUAAAAUUUUAAAAAGCGGUCUGCGAUUUUUCAACUUACCCUUUAUAUACGUCCAAGAUGCAGAAGUCAACGGAAAAACGCCACAAUUAAUAAAAUCCCAAUUUUUUUCACUCUUACACUUAAUACUUUAAUAAUACUUUAAUUAAUACUUUUACUUACACAUAUAAGUUUUUUACCUUGCAUGCCUGUCACAUGCACGUUUUCUACAAAAAUCAUAGCACCUUCCCAUUUGACUUCAAAUAUUAUUUUCAAACAAUUUGUCUCAUUAUCAAAACAUCUCUGAGGAAAUAGCACCAAAAAUAUAAAAUAAAAAACUUGAUCUAAUCUUUGAGAACUUUCAUCUUUUUGAAGCUUUAUAAAUAUAUAUUUUUUUCGCCUUUGAUUGCGUUUAACAUAUAUUUUAAAAUUUUGACUUAUUUUACGGUUUUGCAAUUUUUUAAACGCUACAAAUUUCCCGAACGAUACCAAAAACAAAGAUAAGCAAAAUGAGUAGUAAGUAAAAUCCCAAGCAACGUUGCACACCCUAAAAAAAUUCAAAAGUACAUCCUAUAAUACAUUAUUGCACCCUUCUGCAGAGACUGAUGAAAUGUGUCCGACGCCAAUGUCAACUCCAUCCUCGCCACGCACCGAAAAAUCUGAAGCAAGUAAUAUUGAAAUUAAUUGUGAAGAAAAAAAAGCCAUGGAUUCGUUGCGUUCGAAAAUAUCUGAAAACCACGCAGAUACCGGGGCAUUAAAUGAAGGAAGCCAGACACGCCGUGAGACAGGUUCAAAUCCAGAAAAUCCUCAUUCAUAUAGUGUUGCUCCCGAUUCUCAAAAUCGUCAAGAACCUCUUGAACCUUGUGUAGACAAACCAUCUAAAGCGCCAACACCACGAAAUCCCAUUACAGGUUUGGGCUUGGGAAAUGACGGUGUAGGUGGUUUGAAACCCAAGAAACCCAGAAGUCGCCGAGGUGAUAAAUAUUGUUUGUACAUAAUUGACAUUAACGAAACUUGAGUUUAAUAAGUUGUUUCUUCGCCUAUUUUCACGGAUCAGUGGGGCAACACACAGAAAGCUCUUGCUGUGUCGAUUAGACACCUUAUAGUUAAGGGAUAUUCUGCGCCGCUGUCUGACAGAUCUACCUCAAGGCCUUUCCACUAAACUAUUCUGUCGAAUGCCACAACUGCUCUACUUGGAGCAUCAUAUUUUAUGAAAUAUUCGACGAACGCCCGAUCCCCGUUUCUGCGGAUGGCCAAACAUUAGUGUGUUUGAGUCCCUUCGCAGAGGUGCCCGAAGAUGUCUACAUUUUUCUUCCCUCACCGGGGUUAUAUCCCGGGUAGAAAGAAACUAGUUUUAAAGUCUCUUCCCUCUAGCUCCAGUAACUUAUAUGAGCAUUCUAGAGGUUUGCUCAUUCUAGGCGAGGGAACUUUUUUAGUGUUUGUGCUAAGUGGGCAUUCAAAGUAUCGAAAACUUUUGUCCGUAGCGUUUAAAUAAUGCUUAAUAAUGGUCUUCCACAUUUUCUAUCAACAGCUUUAAUAUUUUGCGCAGAUUCGCAAAGAUUUUGCUUAGGACCACUUGGCUUAGUAAUUAUGUUGUUAGAUUUAAGGAAGUAAGGUAAUUGCUUAUAAGCAGUUAAAAAACUCUGCUUAAAAGACCUUAAUGAAGAUUUUUAUCUUUUAGAUUCCUAUUGUGUGUGUGUGGGUGUACGUAACCUAACCUAUUAAUUUUAAAAUUAAAAUUUGUUUUCCUCUC